AUGACAGCCUUAGUAGAGGUAUGCUGUUUCAAGGAAGUAUCCUGAACUUUGCCAAAUAUACACCUUUUCAGUCAAAUUCAAAAGAAUAAUUAACUUGCUAUCGAGGCCUAAGUGCACUGAGCUGAGAAGGUGUAUUGUGAAGAGCCGUGGUUCACGAUUUUGAUGAAAGAGCCCAUUAUUAUGAAAAGCAAAGAAAGUCACGACGAACUUUCAGGAUCUUCAGUGGUGUUUGAUAAACAAGAGCAUGAACCAGGCGACCAAUCGUAUCAAGAAACUUGUUUCAAGCGAAUUGAUGGCCCUUGGUCGUGGAUCAUGAGUCUUCUACUGAUGGCUUCGUCUCUUUUCAUCUACGGUUGUGCUUCAACUUAUGGAAUACUGUUUCCUAAAAUACUAAAAGACUUAAAAUCAACACGAGCUCUUACAGCUGUUCCUGGUUCAAUAGCUAUAGCCAACAGUGGGCUUCUGGGCCCAGUUAUAGGAAAACUAUGCGAUCAUUUUGGAUCUCGGAAAAUCUUAKUGCUGGGAAGUCUGGUAUCUGCAAGUGGACUUGUUGCUUCUUCGUUUGUACCAAACAUUGGCUUACUGAUUGUAACGUUUGGAAUAGUUGUAGGCUCAGCAAUUUGUCUGGUUUACUUUAGCACAAUGGUAGCUGUUCCAAUGUAUUUCGACAAAUAUAAAUUCGAAGCAACAUCAAUAGUAUCAGUGGGGUGCGGGUCGUCUCUCUUGGUUAUGACCCCUAUUGUACAAAAUUUAAACCAAGCUUUGGACUGGAGAAGGUCGAUGCUCGCCAUGGCUGGAUUUUCUUUUAUUCCUUUCGCAGUAUCUCUUCUAAUGCGCUCCAAGACUCAAUUGGAGAAUAGCGAGAUUAGAGAAAAUCGAACAUAUGAACGGAACGUUUCAUCGUGUGGUUUAGGCGAAUUGGUGUAUUGGUCUGCUUUUAAAAUUAAAAUGUUUCUAUUGGUGACAAUUUUGGCUACGGUGAUUGCCACGGGUCAUAGUAUGUCACUAGUUCAUCUGGCUAAGUUCUCUGAAGACAUUGGUAUUGAUAGCUAUCGAUCAUCCUGGUUGUAUUUUAUCAUUGGAUUCAGCUCCACAACAUCUAGACUCCUCGUUGGGAAAUUCGGAAAAGUCGGUCCACUUCCUCUUCUAGAUAUAGCCCUUCUUGGUAAUGUUAUUCUCGCUUUGGGGAAUUUUGUUCUACCGUCAACAUCAGUGUACUAUGGAAUGGUGCUGUAUUCCAUUGGUUACGGUGUAGGGGAGGGGUUAGUAUACACGCCAAUUUUUAACAUUGCAAUUGAUAGCGUACCAGCUGAUAAAAGGGGUAGUGGUUAUG